GCUUUUUUGCGCAUGCUCUGUUACAGUCGUCCACUCAGGCACCGGUAGUAAGAUGGUGGCCUUAAAAAUGCGGAGUAGUGUGUUGUCCGUGUUGUUGGUUAGCCUUCUGUGCAAAUUGACGCACUCUUUAUAUUUUCAUAUUGGGGAAACGGAAAAGAAAUGCUUCAUAGAGGAAAUCCCCGACGAAACCAUGAUCAUAGGAAACUAUAGGACGCAGUUGUAUGACAAGCAGAGAGAGGAGUAUUUACCUGCAACCCAAGGACUUGGUGUGUUUGUGGAAGUGAAAGAUCCGGAUGAAAAGGUGAUCCUAUCCCGUCAGAAUGGCUCGGAGGGCAGAUUCACUUUCACCUCCCACACCCCUGGAGAACACCAGAUCUGCCUUCAUUCUAACUCAUCAAAGUUUGCCCUCUUUGCUGGGGGGAUGCUGAGAGUUCACCUGGACAUCCAGGUUGAGGAGCACACCAAUAACUAUGCUGAGAUCGCAGCCAAGGAUAAGCUCACAGAGCUGCAGUUGAGGGUUAGACAGCUUGUCGAACAGGUGGACCAGAUCCAGAAAGAACAGAACUACCAGAGGUACCGUGAGGAACGCUUCAGACAAACAAGCGAAAGCACCAACCAGAGGGUCCUCUGGUGGUCCAUUGUCCAGACACUCAUCCUGGUCGCCAUUGGCUUCUGGCAAAUGAGGCAUCUCAAGAGCUUCUUUGAGGCCAAGAAACUUGUUUAGUAGUUUCAUGUGUGUUUCUAUCAAUGCAGUACAUGUCAUCAUCUGGUUUCUAUAUCCUGCUCUCAAGAAAAAAAUCCCUUAAACGGUUUUAAAUCUGGUUAAACUUGCUGAUGUAAUUUGGAAUAUUUUUCCCUCUUGACUUUUUACAAACACACUUCCAUAUGUGAGACAUGGACAAAACGCCUUUAAUUUUAUGGAAGUUCUGCAUUUUUUUGUUUAUGGGUUGAAGCUAAUUUUAUUAAAAACUGUUUUUGUCUACGAUGA